GCAGCUCCACUCUGUAACGCCGUGGAGAGGAGUACAGCCAAGCUCGCAACUCGCAAGCGGAUAGGAAAGCGAAGGGGCCGGCGGACGGCAGCGGUGGGAUAAGGAGAAAGUGAAGGAUAGUUGAGGCGGAGGAAGGUGAAAUCGCAAGCCAUUGGUUAAUGGGUGGGGAAAUCAUUAAAGUGGCUUUUGAUGGAAAGUCAGACCAUGCAGUAAGGAUGCUAGAUGAUGAGAAUUCUCAUAGGCAACAAGAACUGCCUCUUCUCAGUGAUCUGUGUGUGGAUGACGAUACAGCAGAAAAUAAGCAUAUUAUUCACAAAUCAUUAAAUCAAAAAAAGUCAGCUGCACUGAAACCAGCUAAUUCUGGAAAUUCACAGUCUAACCGCACUGUUCCUCAGCCUUUCACUCUUGCAACUGAAAAGCGUGCUUCUGGUGGACAUCACUCUAUCAUUUCUGUAACUGUGAAUGCAGGCAAACACGCAACUGUAGAAUAUCUCCAGUCCAGAAAUAUCACAAACAAGCCUCAGGUGACCUAUCCAUUGAGAAACUCACUUCUCACAUCCAGGAAGCCUUUGCAACUUCAUAAUGCAACGCAAGCAGAUGAAGAAGAGUCUCACUCUUUUGCUUUAGCUACACCAUCUGUAAGAACUUUGAGAGGCAAAACAACUGUAGCAACUGCCCCUAGUUUCAGAUGCAGUGAGCGUGCAGACAAGAGAAAGGAGUUCUACUCCAAGUUGGAACAGAAACACCUAGCUUUGGAGGCAGAAAAAAAUCAGUCUGAAGCUAGGAUCCCGGUACGCUUUCUUCUGUUAAUACUCUCUAUUGGUGUAUAUAAGUUGCCAAUGUGUACGCUGGUGUGCACAAUGGAAUAUUUUUUACUAUUUUUAGCAUGAAUCCUUCUGAGAUGGUGUUAAUAUUUCAUUUCUCCAUAUUUACCUUGCAUUUGUUAAAACAUUGGUCUCUGAAAACCAACAUGAAUUGCACUAAUUAACUAAUACGAAUUUGUUAAAACAUAAUAUAUUUGAUGGGUUGUGCUCAUCGUCUGCUUUACGUCUACACUAAUGAGGUCACGUAUAUUUUGGAUUUCCCUACUAUUAACUUUGCAGAUACAACAGAGAAAUGGAAGAGGCUUGGCAGGUGACCAAUUUCAAAAGUUUACAGUAUCAGUAAUAUAUGAUUUUAGGUUUCUUGAAUAAUUAUUUUAGUAUUUAGCAGAUGAUCAAUACAUGUUUGGCCUAAACAUUAAUACAAUUUAAUUCAAACAAUCUUAAAUUAAAGAAAGGAUGACAGAGAAGUUGUUUUCAAACAAACAUUAGCGGAUUAUACUUCCCAGCAAUACUUAUGGUGAACAAUUUAUGUUUCUUCAGUUUGAUUGCAAAUUCAUGGGCAUUGAUCAUGGUUAAGUUCUUAACUGUCUGAUUCAUCAGGAAGAGCAAGAGGCAGCUCUGAAAAAGUUGAGGAAGAGAUUAUCAUUCAAAGCACACCCAAAUCAUGCACUUAGGUUUAUCUAGAUUAGUUGUUUAUCGCUAUUUCAGUUUGUGAGUCAGUAACCUUUCGCUAAAACUCAACCGUUUUGCCCCUUCGACUAGUUCACAGAAUUGGCAAUUUUGAUUACUUAUCUUAAGGUUCCUUUCCAACUGAAUCUAUUCCUCUUUUUUUUUUUCCAAUCCAUGUGAUAACUGAUAAGAAAAAUACUUUGAUUGUGCUUAUUUGCAUUUAUACACUUUUGGCUGAAGUAUUUCCGGCCCAUAAACCUUUUUUCUCCUCUUUGCAUCAGUAGUUUUGAUUCUCUUAAUAGCACAUUUACCUAAUUGGAAGUACACUUUAACCAAUCCAAAAAUCCAUAAACACGUUAAGGAAUAAGUCUCAUGCUUCAAGAAUUUUACACUACUCGGCGGCUUCUCAGCUUACAACAUUUUAGUUAUGAUGAGGACUGCUAAUUUUUGUUAGUGAAGGUUUGCUUAAGUUUACUGAAAAAACAAUGCAGGGGAUAUUACAAAUGCAGCAGCAUGAGGGGUUGCCCUGCAAGGAAACAUGUUGAAAGGUGCUUGGAAGACCCUUCGAUGAUGAUUGUCACUUACGAAGGCGGGCACAAUCACACGCGGUUGCUCACCCAGUCUGACCAGACGAAGAUUUUUGUCAUCAACUCCUGCUGAGCAACUUGUUUAUCACCUUCCUUCGGUCAUUGCACCACCUCGAUGAUCAAAGAUAAGGCUGUGGCAAUACUUGUGUUGUCCGGUGAUCUAUGUCUCCAUGGUGCACAUCAUGGAACACCACCUGCCUCUCCUCGGUUUCGGACAGAAGCAAGUUAAGCCUAAAUUGCUUCCGCUUAGAUAAACAAACUACAGGAGGUUAGUUUUGCUAUGGCUUUUGCAAAUCUUCCGCGAAAGCUGCUUUCUACCUCCAUAGCAAAUAGAUCUUCUAGAUUGAGGGUGAUCAAUAUAAUGAUAAAACCAAGAGUGAUUUGUUGUGAUUUUGCCUAGUGCAACAUCAUCAGUAGUUUUUGUACACAAAAAAGAAAAGCAAAAUGAAAGCACAGUGAUCAAGGAUGGUUUACUAAGUA